AUGGGUGCCCACAGCUCCAACCUGGAUGAUAUCCUGGAGGAGGACAUGCACCACUGGUACACUAAAUUCAUGAGGGAAUCCCCCUCAGGGCUCAUCACGCUCUUUGAGCUGAAGACGAUGCUUGAGAUGAACGGGAUGACGGAGGAGGCCAGCAGCUAUGUGGACCAGGUCUUCUUCACCUUUGACAUGGACGGGGAUGGCUAUAUAGACUUUGUCGAAUACAUCGCAGCAAUUAGUUUAUUGCUGAAAGGAGAAAUAAACCAGAAAUUAAAAUGGUACUUCAAACUCUUUGAUCAAGACGGAAACGGAAAAAUUGACAAGGAGGAGUUGGAGACUAUAUUUAAGGCUAUUCAAGAUAUCACCAGAAGUUACGACAUCCCUCCAGAGGAGAUUGUAACCCUUAUAUAUGAGAAAAUUGACGUCAAUGGAGAAGGUGAGCUGACGCUGGAAGAGUUCAUCAGCGGAGCCAGAGAGCAUCCUGACAUUAUGGAAAUGCUGACCAAGAUGAUGGAUCUCACUCACGUCCUGGAAAUCAUUGUCAAGGGCCAACGGAAAAAAGACACAAACUGA